AUGGAAGCUCAGGAAAUCGCAUCGAUGAAACGAACGGGGAAAAUAUCCAAAUACUUUAAAUCAAACAAAAAGAAAAUUAUAAAAGGUGAUAAUCCCAAAAAUUUCAAAAUCAAUAAAGAUCCCCUUGCUCUCAUACACGAUAAACACGAUAUCACAUUCAAUAAUGAAACUGACUCAAUAAUCCGCUCGGAGUCAACAGCGGGAUUCGUUUCGGAGAUGGUGAUCACUUUGGAAAAAAGGUUUGAUGAUGAUGCCGUCGAACAAGACCUAAUUUGUACUGACAAUUCAAGGAGCAGUGGCAAAUCAAAACUUCCAACCAUGGAAGAAGCACAAAAAGCAGCAUCAGUUACAAUUCAUUAUACACCAAAAUUUAUUCCGAUGCCAUCUCCUUUCAAUCUUGUACAAGAAACUUUAUAUUAUGACCCAUGGAAGCUAUUGAUUGCAACCAUGUUUUUAAAUCGUACGAGAGGUUCACAAGCGUUGCCAUUAAUGUGGAAAUUUUUUGAAGAAUAUCCGAGUCCACAAAAAGCCGUUUUGGCCAAUGUAGAUAAAUUAGCUGAUUUAUUACGCCCAUUAGGACUUCAGAAUACGAGAGCAGAAAGGAUAAUAAGAUUUUCAUACACGUAUUUAUUAAAUCCAGAUUUCAAGACCCCCAAACAGUUAUUUGGUAUGGGUAAAUAUGCUGAAGAUAGUUGGAAGUUAUUUUGCGAAAAGGAUGAUAAUUGGAUGGAAGAAUAUGGUUUAGAAACUGAAGACAGAAUUUUACAAUUAUAUGUUAAUUGGCGUAGAAAUCAACAUAAAGGCUUAAUAAGUGAGGAAGACCUUAAAGAGAGAAAUUUGGAUGAGAAAGGGCAAGAGAUUUCAUCUCAAGGAAAAUCACAAGAUGAUUCGAUGGGGAGAUCAUCUGAAAGCAUAUCAAAGAAGUAUGAAAAUGAAAAUUAUCUUUCCUUACAAGAAUUAAAUAAUUUGGACAUCUCAUCAAGAUAUUAUGAGGAUUCAUUAUUGGAAACUACUUGCAUUAAAAAAUGA